CUACUGGGGAGUAUGAUGAAAUAAUUCAGUUAGUAAAGUGGGAAAUUUGCAUCGGGCAUAUACGUGAGGAACAAUAAAUCAUUAUUGUUAUCUCGAUAGGCCUAAAUUAAUGUAAAAAUAAUAUUUCAGAAACAACAAGAAACAAAUAGAUUUUUGUUUGGUCUUGUAGAUACUUGGAGGCAAAUGUCUGUAACUAGUUAUAUUAUUUUCCUUUAAUGCUGUUGUUAGAUUAUAUGUUUUUAUCCAACUGGGAAUAGAAUUCGUGGUAUUGGUACAGACAAAAUAAUGCCAAAAACUAAAUUGUGUAACCGUGAACGGCUUUUCAAGAAGGAAGAGUACCAGUUCAAAUUUACGAACAUGAUGUAAUCAGCUAUGAAAAUGUAAAAUUUGUACAGAAAAAAAAAACAUUUCGUUUACGGGGUAUCUAUAAGUUUGGACGAGUAAACAACAAAUACAUUGUAAUUCAGUAUUGUAAGAUAACAGCAGUAUCACUGGGCAUAUCACUGGUAUGUUUCGUCUAUACACUAGAUGGAACUACUUCUUUGUACAGUGUAAUGUCACCAGUCAGAACAGGAAACAGUGAUGCUUUCUGGACAACUGCGCAAGUAAAUUUGAAUACAGCCAUAACAACUGCGAACAUAAAUUUGGAGACGGACUCAACCAGUGCGAAAGUAUUUAUAAAUAGAACAAGAAGCUCUAUUUAUAACACAGACCGUUCAAUACGGGUUUUAAGCAAAGAGACGCUGAACAAUAUAAUUGUCGAUAAUGAAGAAGACUGUCCGAAAAGACAAUUUUUGAUUUAUAAAUGCAACAAGAGUCUUUGUGGUGGAUGGGGUGACAGAGAGAAGGGUAUAGUUUCUUCCUUUCUCCUAGCAUUGCUCACGAAUAGAACUUUUGCAAUAUAUAUGAAUAAGCCAUGUGACAUUGAAAAUUUCAUAGAACCCUUUAUCUAUGACUGGACAAAAUGUAAACGAUUCUUAGACACAAUACUAAUUUCGAAUGUAUCUGAAGAAAAACACGUAUCUGGGAAUAGAAGAUUUUACCAUGAUAUACCUGAAAUAGACUUCGAAAACCUUUGGACUCUACAAGCAGUCGUUAUGUACAUGAAUGCUUACGAACCAGUUAUGAGCGGAAUUAAACGGCAUAAAAAUGCUAAAUCGCAAAUGGAGUGGAUUUUGAACAAGACAAACCCGGAAAUUGUCCAUUUGGUUUUACACACACUAUUCAAACCUAAACAAAGACUUAUGGAGCAUCUGACAUAUUAUAUCAAAGAUAUUACUCAUGGAAGGCAGCUUGUGUGUGGCCAUAUUCGAAAAGGUAAAAAUCCUUCAAUUCCUGGUGAUAACAAUCUCCCAAAAGGCCCUCCAAAACAUAAAACAAUAUUUUCUUUCUUAAAACAAUACAAAGACAGCACAAAAUACGUGAUAUACAUAGCAACCGACUCGGAAGAUGUCCGAUACGACGCAGUAUCUAAAUUUAGAAAUGUAGUCAAUGUCAAUCGUACAAUAGUUCAUGUCGAUCGUCUCGGGGGAUCUGAAAAAACAACUGAUGUCUGUGAGGGGUUAUACACCGUGUUGUUUGAACAGCAAAUUCUUUCUUUAUGUGACAAGCUGUUACUUACAAGAAGUAAUUUUGGGACAAUAGCAGCAUAUAUGAGGGGCGUAUCAAAAGAUCUGUUUCUGUAUCAAACAGAGACAGAUAAGGUAUUUCAAACCAACCUGACAAAUAUUCAAACCGUGUAUGGCUUUGUCUAAAUUAUUUCACACAGUAUACCCACUGAAGAAAGGACGGGGCAAACACUCGAACUGCUAUAUUGUUUCAUACAGUGUUUUAUUUUCUUAAUCUAUAUUAAACAUAUGACAGAACUGUUUGAAACUUUCAGUGUCUGUGAUGUUUAAUCUGUAUUGAAAGGUUUAUGAAGACUCAGAGGAGUCUUAAAAUCCGUUUUUGUUUAUAAGCUUUAAGCAUGUUGCAUUGUAUGAUGAAAUUCAUAACUUCAACCAUUUCAACCAUCUAAUCACACUUGAAGGAAAUGAUCAGGGAUUUUGAUAUUGAGCAAAAUACAUGCGUUGGCUAUCAAUUAUACGAAUUAAUAUACGAAUUAAUAGGGAAUCGAUCCUAUCGAUCCCUCUACGGUAGCAUGCGAUACACCGAAUGAAAUAUAUACUACCGAACUAAAAAAUGUGUACUUCCGGCACGUGCACAGAGCGUCUGACUUCGGAUUUUUUGGCAGAAUAUGUUUUUUCCUUGUGCUUAAUAAGCAUCCACAUAACUUGUCCGAACCGCAACGUCUUGCACAUCAGUACAAAUACGGGCAGUGCUGUUUUUUUGUUCCAAAAUCUACCUUUAAAUUGAUAGAGAAUCGAUCCUGCGCGAAACGACGGAACGCUGGAUCGAUCCCUCUACGGUAACAUGCGAUAUACCGUCAUUGGACAGUUCUUUUCAAAUGUUAUGGGAUGAGUUGACGUCGGAUCGAUUCCCGAUUGAGGAAGUGCCUUAUUUCAUAUUAUGAACAUUUAAUGAAGUCUGCAUGGAAGACCAGAUAUUCACUUCUUGUUUCAAUAUACUGGGCUAAACAAAACUGAGCUCUAAAAGUGUUUUUAAACAAAAUGACAACGGCAUAGAGAGUUAAAAUGAGUUUACAUUGUUGCAAUGAUAAAAAAUGAAAUUAAUACAAAGAUAGAAAAAAGUGCUACAGUGAUAUGCUAUUAAAAUCAAAUCUCACAUUUAUAGUUAGUUAGUUUCUGUUAGUUUCAAGAAUUAAGGAACUGAUAUCAAAAUAAUUUUAUGCAACAAGCAUCAUAUGUGUUCGAUAAUAUACGCAUGUGAUUUCUCGACCUUUGAAAAAUCAAACAGGCAAAAGCCAAGGCAAAACGCUUACAAUUUGACACGAAUGACGAAAAUGGCAGUUUUUUUUUCAAACAGUACAUCACAAUUUAUACCACCGGCAUAAUUUUUAUUUCAGUGUGGGAUUAACUGCACUCCACUCAUCGCAGAAUACUGUUUUACUGUUAUGAACGAAAUAUGAUGUUUGUUCGUUUAACAUGACUUGAAUUUUUGUUUUUAUUAUACAUAUAGGUAUUGUGAUUAUAUUUUAAUGAAAUAAAACUCUCAAUUUAAAAACUGUUGAAAUACAUUAAUGUCAAAGAAUUCCAAUUUAACAAGCCAGUGCAUCAUAUGUAGAAGCGUCAUGUUUGGACAGCUAAAUACUUUCAGAGAUAAGGGAGCUGACUUAACUUGAGAUGUCCACUAAACAACUUGCUAUGGAGUCUUUAUUUAUUUUGCAAAAACUUGCUGUAUAUUAAUCCUUUUAAAUAAUAUGGUACAUUCAUUAAAACAGGUUGUUACGACAAGAUAUCUGUUCUCUUGUAUGUUGAUUACGUUAUUUUCCUUAAAUUUUUAUUGUUCUUUAUAUGUCAAAUGUAUCUUGUCAACAGGUACAUUUGUAUUUUAACUGAAGUGUCAGUUUUGUGUGGUUUUCUUUGUCGAGUGUGACAUUGUUUAUGUUGGCUUCCACGUCCGUAGAUUCUACUCUUGCUUUUCGUUUGAAUUUGAAUCUGUUCAUUUUAUAACGAUUGUAGUGAAACUUUUCACAUAUUUUGUAAACUGCAGUCUUGACUUUGUACCACUACUUGUCGUUGGAAACGGCUUUUUGGUUCCCUGCUUUCUUGAUUUUUUACAAGUAUUGCACAUUGGAACGUUAUAUCGAUAAUAAAGAACAUUCUAGAGGUGUACUGGUCAGGAACCCAGGCAAUCCUUGCGUGUAUCAGUGCUAUACACUGGGCACGUUAAAGAACCAGGCUGUCUAUUCGCAACGAGCUAGGCUAAGUUAGCCGGAUAAGCCUGUAUCUGAUUUCUGAUCUCUCUGUCGUGGGGGCUUUGUCUCACUCUGUCCCUCUGGCCAGAUCGCUCUGUGUCUGUACUAGUAGAGGAUGAAUUAUGCGCCCUGUGUGGCUGCAAUUGAACUAUGUAAAGCGCCUUUGAACGUGAAAUUGAUCAUGAAAAGGGCGCUAUAUAAAUCUGGUAUAAUAAUAAUAAUAAUAAUAAUAACAUUCUCAAAACUUAUGUUAACUGCUUCCUUGAUAUUUUACCAGUAUUCACUGUAUUGCACCUAGAAACGACUUGUGGUAAAGGUCUGUAGAGACCUCAGUUAAAUUCUGCUCUCUAUUCUUUAGGCUAUAACAGAGAUGCUGUGGUCCUGUAAAAAUUCUUGCACAUGAAGGAAUUUGUUUGUUCUAACAAGAAUUUUAAAUACUGCAAAAACAAAUGGUUAAAGCGUUCAUGUACUUCGCUUUUAACUGAAUCAUAACGGACAAAUUUUCCCCACGAAACGAUGAAAUUUUAGCCUGCAGGCAUGUGUUCAUAUACAUGUAAUAGUAACAUGAGAAAUUUAUUUGAUCAGAAUAAUCUUGCAUGUUUGAUUUUCCACAAUCUACAUGGUAAAUAUACGUUUUAUUUGCACUUUAUCCAUUAAAGUUAUGAAACAGC